AUGAUUCUCUCCCUGGCUGCUGCAGCUGCUAUAAGUAGCGGCAGCAGUAACAGCUUCAACUCUUCCUUCCUCCUUGAUUCCUUCGACUCAUCCACCUCCUGGAGCGAGGAUCCUUCUAACUCCUCCUCUGAACCAGUUGUACGGACUUUGACUCCUGACCUCCAGCCGGCGACCACCGCUGUUGCUGUCCAGGAAGUCAGCCCCUGGGAUAUUGCUCUGUGUGUAACUGGGACACUCAUCUCAUGUGAGAACGCUCUGGUUAUUGCUGUGCUUUUCUACACACCGGCGCUCCGCGCUCCCAUGUUCAUCUUGAUUGGAUCGCUGGCGGUGGCAGAUCUUCUGGCCGGCCUGGGCCUCAUUUUGAACUUCAUCUUCACCUAUUUGAUAAACAACUCAAUGGAGUUUGUGACACUGUUGUCUGUUGGACUGCUCAUCUCAGCCUUCUCAGCCUCCGUCCUCAAUAUCCUCGCUAUCACCGUUGACCGGUACCUGUCGCUGUACAAUGCCCUGACCUACCACACUGAACGGACAGUUACCUUCACCUAUAUGAUGGUGAUCUUCAUCUGGGUGUUGUGCCUCACGCUCGGCUUGCUGCCGGUGCUCGGAUGGAACUGCCUGAAGGACGAGUCUAAGUGCAGCAUUUGCCGGCCUGUCACCAAAAACAAUGCAGUGGCGCUUGCUGUCACCUUCCUCCUAAUCUUUGCCCUGAUGAUGCAACUCUACCUUCAAAUCUGCAAAAUUGCAUUCCGCCAUGCACAGCAAAUUGCAGUGCAGCACCAGUUUCUGGCCAUCUCUACCACCAAGGGGGUCUCCACGCUGUCGGCCAUCCUGUGUGCCUUCGGGGUGUGCUGGCUGCCAUUCGCCAUGUACUCCAUCGUGGCCGACUCCACUUACCCUGUAAUUUACACCUACGCCACGGUCCUCCCGGCCACCUGCUGCUCUGUGAUCAACCCUGUCAUCUAUGCUUUCCGAAACCCAGAUAUCCAGAAGUCAUUGUGGAUGGCUUGUUGUGGCUGUGUUCCAUCUAGCCUCUUCCUAAGACCAAGGACCUCCAGUGAUGUGUAG